AUGAAGCAAUUUCUGAUCAUCCUGUCCGUGUGUUCAGCGGUUGGCACUGUGACAACAGAGAGAUCACCAUGUGUGAAACGUGCAGCAUUUUCUUCUACAAACUUUGAGAACAUCCUGUCAUGGGAAACUGAAGCAGAUAUUCCCCCUGGCACUGUAUUUGAUGUCCAAUACAAACAGUAUGGAGAAAAAUCCUGGCUUAACAAGCGUGAGUGCCAGAGCAUCACACAGACGUUCUGCAACCUCACUCAUGAAACAGAGAACUUCACAGAGCAUUACUACGGCAGGGUGAGGGCCACUGGCCAGAACUACUGCUCCUCCAACUGGGUGCGCUCUGAAAGAUUUGAGCCCAGAAAAGAGACUAUUAUUGGAGCACCAGAAGUACAAUAUAUACCUUACAUACGGUCUGUAAAGUUUCUUAUACAGCCCCCCUACACACCGCUGAGAGGUGAGGAUGACCACCAGCUAACCGUGGAGGACAUUUACAGCAGAUUUGGUGCUGUUGAUUAUCACUUAACAAUAUUCAACCAAAGGACACACCAAGAGUGGACAAAGAAUGCACACAACAAAGAAUUUGAAGUUUCCAACUUGGACCCAGACACUGAAUAUAAUGGAACAGUAUAUAUCCAUCUCCUCCAGAGAAGCAGCAAACCCCAAGUAUUUUGGGUCAAAACACGAGCAGACAACACAUGGCUUCUCUACUGCUUCGUGGCACUCGCAUUCUGUGCUGGGCUGGUGUUUGCUGCAAUCAGUUAUGUGAUCUACAAAUACAUCAAGCAACGCAGUGCACAGCCCAUGUCUUUGGACUUCAGAGGGAUUUCAUCAUUCCAGCCUCUUACACUGACGGUGGAGCAUAUUAUAAAGCCCAUUAAUGUAUCCAGACCUUCGCUUCUCAUCCCUGAAAUGCAGUUACCACACAUCAGCCAGCAUUUGGACAAAGCACCAGCAUCACCAUGGUCUUGCCAUGCACCAGAAACCGCCUAUCAGCAAGAGAGGAACGUAUCAACAAUGGGGCUGCCCACCCAGCCUCCCUGCUUGGCAAGUGCAGCUCCUCCUGGUUAUGCUCCUCAAAUAGCCGGCCCAAGUGUUCCUACUGCCAUGGCCAGCAAAAAUCUGCCCCUAACCUAUGGGCUGUGUGUCAAAGGCACAGAGCACGUCGACAAGAAUUUGGAGCCAAACCAAAUGCUAAAGGAAGUUUCUUCAGAUAGUUUUGUUGGUGGGAAGCCCAUAGCUCAGAUGCUGGGCAGCAGCAGUGGCAGCCUUUGGAAUUACAAAGAACAGGGCCUGGACCUGGCAUUGUGGAACAGCAGAGACACAAGAGAGUCAGGUCUCUUACAGGGGAGCCCUGGGCAAACACAGCAACUGGUGUCACAAACUGAUGGGAUGGAAAGUAAAGUGCAUGUAUCCCAGCUGUCACUGCCUUUGCUGGAACAAUGCUACAGACAACAGCCUGCAGAACUGCCGCUGUUAUUGUCUUCAGUGAAAGUUGACACAGACUAUGUUCCAGAGGAUGAAUUGCUGCCAUCUGCAUCAGCAAACCUCCUUUUUUCAGCUGGUGCUGGUAACAACUUCCCAAGAGAGAGCAACAAAGAGCAGUGGAUGUUGCCAGAUUCAGUUUCACAUUCUGCAAAUAAAUUGCAGUUCCCAGAGACUCGAGAAACAGAAAUGUUACCACAAACAAAGGAGCUAAGCUGCACAAAACUGAAUACUGUUGUGUCCCAAGACACUAUCUCAGACCAGGACAAUGGCACUCCUCUCACUAAGCUGUUCAAAGAUUUGGACUUAAAAGUAUUGUGGGAUCAGGAUGAAAACAUAGAAUUUUAUUAG